AUGGUACUGUCGACUGAUAAAAGGGAAGGAGAGACAAUGAUGCAAGUAGCUGAAUCGUAUAUGGGGGAACUGGUCCAUAGGAGUAUGGUUCAAGUGACAUUUCAAGAUAUGGAAAACUCGCGUACAAAGAUAAGAUCUUCCUCACUUCAUGACCUUAUGAGAGACCUAUCUCUCUCCCAAGCAAAAGCAGAAGAUUUUUCUGAAGUUAUUGAUCUUCGAGAAGGAAAUAAUUUUCAUCUUAAUCCUUCGGCAGAUUUCAGGUCGGAUGACACUCGACAACUUGUCGUUUAUUAUGAUGAGGAACAUAUAAGCAAACAAAUUAAAUCCUACUUUGUCAAGAAAUGCAAGCAACAACAAUAUCGAUCAAUGUUACUAUUCGGUGAUGGUGCAUACACAGAUUUGCCGAAAGUAGUGGGGUCACAUGUUGCCAAUUUCAGGUUCCUAAGAGUUUUUUCCGUGGAAAAUGCUGAAGUAGAUGGUAAACUUUAUCCUAGAAGUUUUGUGAGAGCACUAGGAAGCCUUGUGUACUUGAGAUAUCUUAGUGUAAGGAAUGUUUCCUUGUCAAUGAUUCCAUCUAUACAGAACAUGGUGCUACUUCAAACUCUCAAAUUAGAUCUAUUCAGACCUAUAUCUAUUCCAUCAUGGCUUUCAAGAAACAUUCUGGGCAAGCUGAGACAUUUGCGGCAUUUGUAUUUACCUCUUAGUGCUGAUUGGACACCUCCAAAGACACAAAAAUUAAGGUUUGAUGGUUUGGGCAAGUUAGAGACAUUGGAGAACUUCUGUAAUUUGUGGUGUGAGGUUGACGAUCUUCCGAAACUAAUCAAUCUUCAGAAACUAACAUUAGAAAUAUACAGUGUUCGUGAUGAUGGGAAAGAGACCAUGGAAAAUCUGUCCUUGCCAUCAUCUUCAAAUCUCGGGUACUUGGGACUUUCUCUUAAUUUUUACGAUCAACCAGGAGAGACUGUGAGAGAGUUGUUUUGGGAUUAUAAAUCCAUCCUUCAGAAAUUAAGCAUAUGUGGUCGACUUGCAGAAUUGGCUCAAUUAUUUGAGAACCAACCGCGAAAUAUUAUCAAUAAUCAUGUUGAAGAAUCUUCAAUUCGUAUCACUUCCUUGAAGCUAUGGUUAUCGCUCCUGGUAGAUGACCCAAUGCCGGUACUCGAGAAGAUUCCUAUGCUGCGUAAUCUCAAUUUAUCUGUAGACUCAUAUGUGGGGAAGGCGAUGGUGUGCUCGUCCAUGGGUUUCCCGAAACUCACCACUCUUGAACUGCGCAAGCUCCCCAACUUGGUGAAAUGGAAUAUAGAGGAAGGCAGCAUGUCUGUUCUCACCAACUUAACGAUUACUAGUUGCUUGAUGUUAGAGGAGCUUCCAGAAGGUCUGACAUUUCUCACUUCCCUUCAGCAUUUAUCGUUACGCUAUAUGCCUACAGAUUUCAUAUACAAACUCCGAACGGAAGAUGGCAAAAAAGGACAGGACUUUUACAAAGUUGCUCACGUUCCUCUCUUUUCUAUUUUCAAUGGGACUCCCUGGCAAUAUGUAGAAUUAGAAUAA